GACUCUCAAAACCCCAGAACGCUGAAACCUCCAAAACCCAACAGCAGAGAGUUACAGAGCAAGCGAAAAUGGAGCAAUGGGUCCCGCUCUUCGACAUCUUCUUGACCUCCCCAACUCCCGAGUCCGAAGCUUCUACAUGGUUAAACCAAUCUUUCAGUGCCUCAUCGUCAACCUCGACCCCGAUUACAACAGGCUCUUUCCUCUCGUUGCUAAUGAAGCCUUUGGAUUCGAUUGUCGCCGAUGAGUCUUCUUCUUCAUCUUCGGCUUGGCCUCCGUGUACAAAUAGGGUGAUGUUUAUACAGACUCUACCGAACAUGGUUCAGUCGCGGGUUCUGUCAUUUCUUGGUUUUGAACGUCAAAGGUUUUCAAGCAGGGAUUUGGCUAAGCUGGCCAGGACCGUUUUGAGUGGAAGUCAGGAGCUUGACUUUUGGGUACAUAGGGCUGCACGCAAUCUGCUCGAUGUAGUGUCUGAGUCAAGUUACGAGUGGAUUUCUUGCUUGAGUUUGGAUUCUGGGGAGGAUGAGUUUGAGUCCUUGCCGGGUUGGCUUAAGGAUUCCGCUGCUUCCAGUGACUUGGUUCUACCAUGGCUUCCUAUAUCGCCAGAAGAAUUGGAUUGGAGGACAGUGAAUGGUAAUUAUGAAAAUAACUAUGGCUCAUUGAGUCAAGUUGGAGAGGGUGAAGAUGAGGAUAUGAAUGAUGUUCUGGAGGAAAUGAAUAUUGAUAAUCCAGAAAGCGUUCAUCUUGAACCUGAAAUUAAAAAAAGGGCAGUAAGUUUGAAAGCUUGGGUUGUGGAUUUUCAAUCAACUUCUAAAACUGUUGGAUUAGCGAAAGAAAUUCGCGAACUUUGCUCAGAAAAAGGAGGAGAUUCUUUCACGGUUUUGGGUCUGAUUGAACCUUGGUUAGCUGAUGAUGAGACUGCUUCAAUUCUAUUAUCUCAUCUAACAUGUGGAAGUGAAGAAGAGCUUACUUGGCCAAGCCAGGUUCUGUGCUCGAUCAUCCUUCCCAAGUUGUUGGCCCUUGAGGAACCAGCUUCUCGUGUGCUAGUGACUGCAACAGUAGAGUACUGCAAGCGUCAUCAAAGGGCCAGUGAGUAUGCACUCUUAUUUCCACUAAUUCUUCGACGGGAUGGCAUCAACAACCCCAUAUAUGAUGUGAUCACGAGGAUCAUCAAGGAAAGCUUGCACCCAGCUCAUGUUGCUUCUUUCUGUCAGAAGCUGCUGUGUGGACAAAAAGAUGAGAGGAAAGUCAUUUGUCUUCCUUGCCAUCAAUAUCUGAUAACUGAUAAAAUGGUAUGGACAGAAUCAUUUUUUAACCUGCUCCAAAGCAUUUUGAAUCAUAAUGUUCAUUUAUCACAGAAUUCAGUUGACCAAAUUAUUUACCAGGUUCAGCAAUUGGCUGAAAGAUUUUCCAACUCUCUGAAAUUUGGGAACUUUUUGUUAUGUUUUGUCACCAAAUGUUCUCCAUCCUUGAAGCAUCACAAGCUUAUAUUGACUAGAGUAGUUGAGCAUAACAAAACGUUCUUAGCCAAGUCUAUAUUAGGUAAAUUGGCUGGCUUGUAGCUUUGAUUAAUUGUAAUUCUUUGGAUGAGUUUUUGUGCUGUGAGCCUGUCUCUAUGAAUGUACAUUUUGAACACCA